AUGCAACCUACGCAUUGCUAUGCUGAGAUGCUAGUUUAUAUGCCACAGGCAAACAUGUACAUUAUUGAAUGCAAAAGCCCUGAACAACAUAACAAGAUGCCAGAAUGCAAACGCUUGAUUGUCGGCAUAACACCUUCCUUAGUGUUGCUCAAUGAUUUAAAGAGCGGUAAUGUGCUUGAUAUCAGAAGAAGGUGUAAGCCUGGCAAGUGCUUGGAUGUGAAUGCAUACGGAGUUUAUGGAAUGAUUGCGAUUUACAAGUGCAUUUAUCUUGUUCUUAUUGUUGAUAGAACAAAUGUUGGAAAGAUGUAUGAGCACUUUGUAUAUGAGAUUGAGAAAGUGGAGAUUGUGCAAAUACAGGGGCCAGAAGAAGAAGAGCAUGGCCGUGAGAUAAUGAAUAUGAAAAGGAUUCUUGAGAAUUCUGGGAUAUACUACAGUGAGUAUCCAUUGCACAAAAGCAUGAGUAUCCAGAAUAGUGAUGAUGACUUUCUUUUCAACCUCAUGCCAAGAAAAGCCUUUAUCGAGUACACCAAGGACAAUAGAGACGAUUGCAUUGUGUUUUUGGUUUCGUGUAUUCAAGGAUUCUUUGGAGCAGGGGACUAUCAGAGUAUGUGCAUUAGAUUGGUCUCAAGAAGGUCACAGCGACGGAUAGGCACAAGAUACUUCAGCCGAGGAGCAGAUGCACAAGGGCAUGUGUCGAACUAUGUUGAAACAGAGCAGUUUGUAUACAAUGGCGAGAAGACAACGUCUUAUAUGCAAGUACGAGGCUCUAUUCCCCUUGGAUGGCAGCACGAGAUUGGAUAUAGAUACAACCCAAAGAUUGUUGUGAAGGACGAGAAGGUGUUUGCUGCAGCGGAUGAUGUUCUUGUGAAAAAGUACGGCGAUGUGCUGUACCUGAACCUGAUACGGCAUUCUGGAUAUGAGGGGUUGCUGCAUGAUGCAUACAAAAGGCAGCUUGCAGCAAAUAGCAAGGAGGCAGUGCAUUUCAACUUUUCUGAAGAAGAAAACGAGCUGACGGAAGUGUUCCGGCAAAAGAUGAUUCUGCUUGUCAAUGGCACGCUCGGUAAGCAGGGAUAUUUUGACUCCACAGGGUUUCAGAAAGGAGUGAUACGUACAAACUGCAUUGAUUGCUUGGAUAGGACGAAUGUAUCGCAGUUUAUUAUUGGAAGUGCUGUUUUGGAAAGGCAGCUAUCUGAUUUUGAGUGUGAAGGCAAAGAUGUGCUGCGAGAGAUGUAUAGUAAUCUGUGGAUGCAGAACGGGCACAGCCUGUCGCGCCAGUAUGCAGGAUCGUUGGCGCUGAAGAGCCACUUUCUGAAUGGAAACACAAGAAAGAUUGUGAGCAGGCUGUCUGAUAUGGCAAAGUCUUUGAGGAGAUAUAUUGUAAACAGGUUCAGUGAUGCAGGAAGGCAUGCAGCAUACCAUAUCAUCACGAGUGAUUGUAGCAGAGGUGGUACUGCAACACUGGACAGCACGAUGAUGAAGACCAAGCUGCCUCUUGGGAUUCAGUUGGCAAUUGCGGUGAUUGCAUUAUUCUUAUGGCUUAGUAUUAUUCUUUGGUGUAUCUAUACACAAUACAUGCCACAUAUAGAUUUUGAGACGGUGCUGAGGGCAAUAUUAUAUGAACCUGAAGUAUAUUUUAUUGGCGAAGAAGUGGCUGUAAAUGACUGA